CUUGCGGGCGUGCCCACGGCGUCAGCCCCUCCCCUGUGGACCCCGCCCAGCCAGCCCCGCCCCACGUUUGCUGCGGCUUGGUGCAGCGAGCCUGGGGCUGGCUGGCGCUGCGGGGUGGAGUAGGUUUUCCCAGCAGCGGCCAGGCCCCAGCCGUGGUCUCCGCGUGUGUCUCCUGGCAGGCCGGACCCUGUAGUGGCUCCAGAGCUGGCUGCGAGGGAGCUCUUACUCCAGCCUCCUCGCACCUUACAGCCCCAUCCUUCACCCAACCUGGCUAGCUAACGAAUGUGGGGAAGACAAACUUCCAAGACAGACGGUUUAGGGCCCAGCGGAGGACAGCUCAGUGAUGGCGCCCAUUUUUGGAAACGCAGGCGAAUUUGAGGUCGCAGGGAGGUGUGGUCGACUCCUGUUGGGACGGGAGAGCCUUCAUUUCUCUGCUGCUGCGGUAGCCGGUGCCUCGGAGUGAAUGGAGUGUGUUAUAGGGCAGGACACUUAAAACUUCGCGUCUUGAAAACUUGAACUCGGACAUGAUUAGGAACAGAAGGUGUCCAGGAGGAGGCUCUGUUAAAAAUCGUAUUUGCUUCUGGGGGAAAGGCUAUGAGCUACCUGACUUCUCAUGACCGGGAAGUCUCCCUUACCUUUUCUGUACUCUUGGAGGGGUGUCUUGCUCACAUGUUUACCAGCAGCUGGGACAAGGAAGAGAAAAGGUGAUGGAAAGUGAGGAUCAUCAGCACCAAGAAUCCCAGCACCUGGGUUUUACAUUAUUUCAGAUGAUGAAAAUUGAUUCCUGUUGUCCCUAAGUCCAGGUGAAAUGAGCCGCCAGACUGCAACAGCAUUACCUACUGGAACCUCGAAGUGUACACCCUCCCAGAGGGUGCCUGCCCUGACUGGCACAACUGCAUCCAACAAUGACUUGGCGAGUCUUUUUGAGUGUCCGGUCUGCUUUGACUAUGUGUUACCACCCAUUCUUCAGUGUCAGAGCGGCCAUCUUGUUUGUAGCAACUGUCGCCCGAAGCUCACAUGUUGUCCAACCUGCCGGGGCCCUCUGGGAUCCAUUCGCAACUUGGCUAUGGAGAAAGUGGCCAAUUCUGUACUUUUCCCGUGUAAAUAUGCCUCUUCUGGAUGUGAAAUAACUUUGCCACACACAGAAAAAGCAGACCACGAAGAGCUCUGUGAGUUUAGGCCUUAUUCGUGUCCGUGCCCUGGUGCUUCCUGUAAAUGGCAAGGCUCUCUGGAUGCUGUAAUGCCCCAUCUGAUGCAUCAGCAUAAGUCCAUUACGACCCUACAGGGAGAGGAUAUAGUUUUCCUUGCUACAGACAUUAAUCUUCCUGGUGCUGUUGACUGGGUGAUGAUGCAGUCCUGUUUUGGCUUUCACUUCAUGUUAGUCUUGGAGAAACAGGAAAAGUACGAUGGUCACCAGCAGUUCUUUGCAAUUGUACAGCUGAUAGGAACACGCAAGCAAGCUGAAAAUUUUGCUUAUCGACUUGAGCUAAAUGGUCAUAGGCGGCGAUUGACUUGGGAAGCGACUCCACGCUCUAUUCAUGAGGGAAUUGCCACAGCCAUUAUGAAUAGUGACUGCCUAGUCUUUGACACCAGCAUUGCACAGCUUUUUGCAGAAAAUGGCAAUUUAGGCAUCAAUGUAACUAUUUCCAUGUGUUGAAAUGGUAAUCAAAUAUUUUCUGGCCAGUGUUUAAAACCAUUGCAUUCAAUUUCACAGAGAAUAAGGCACCCAUCUGCCUGUCAACCUGAAACUUUUGGUAGGUGGAAGCUAGACACAUGAAGGUAAAUAAAAGGAAAGGCUGUUAAAUACAGGAAACAGUUGCAUGUAGUAACACUAAUAUAUUUAAAAAUAAGUCAGCAGUAAACCACUGAAAAAAAUAUAUAUAUACACCCAAGCUGGGCAUCUUUUGUAUUAAGAAAGGAAGCAUUGUAAAAUAAUUCUGAAUUUGUGUUGUAGAUUGACUGUACUGUUGAAAAAUACUGGGUUUUUGUUUUGUGUGUGAGCUGCGAGCGGGGUGUGUGUGUGUGCGUGCGUGCGCCCAUAUGUGUGUGUGUGUGUGUGUAUGUGUGUGGGGGGGGGGUUUUUUUUUUUCUCCUUUAACCGACAAGCCAUGUUGAGUGGUCUUGGGCCACUGCUUUCCCCUUUGUGAGUCAAUACAUAGUGCUGCUGUGUGUGUCUAUUUUUUUGUGUGUGUAUUUGCUAAUUUUUAUUAAUUCUAGUUUUUCAUUAAAUAAAUUUGACUUUCUUUUCUGUAAUUCAGGUUUUUCCUCACUUUUUUUGUAUCUUUUUAAAGUUAGUGUCUUUUUGAUAUGCAUAAUUGUUUAUGGUAAAGUUUAUACAUAUGUGUUCAAUACGUAUUUUCUUUUCCCCCAUUAAUCAGUUCAUUAGAAGUAUUUUACAUUCAACUCUUUUGAGAAGAUAGGAGUUCCAGAAAGGAAAGGUAACAGCAGAAUUAUCAGAAGCUAUUUAAAGCAGUUGUAAGAUGGUCUCUGUCUCUCUCUUUUCUCCAGCUGAGUCAUACCUUUGAACUUAUUCUUUGAAAGGUUAGGGAAUACUGAUUUUUUUUUUUUUAAUACUGGAAAAAAAAAAAUCAGGCUUUUUUUCCCCUCCAAAUAUCUUGGACAAAUCACAUGUUUAAAAUUUGUUCUUGUAUUUAUUGGUUUUGCAGAAGAAGGCAUCGUCUUACACAGUAUUUGUAAUCAAAAGCAAAUCAUUUGUUUAAAAGCAGUUUGCAAAAAAUGUUUUUGGUCUUUUAUAAUUCUCAUUAAAAGAAUAUCUGGCAAAUUAAAAACUUUCAUUUGUCUGCUUUA